ACUUAUACUUAUUACUUGCUCAUACAUACUUAUAUUUUAAUACUGAUUGAUGUAGUUGAGGUAAUUGCAAAAUUGCAAAAUCACUUGCGCAUGCUAAAUUGACGUCAGGAGAAAAAUUGGUACUCCACAACAUUUCAACUGGUUGUUACUACUAUUCAACCAGGAUGGACUCGAAGUACUUGGAUAAUAUAAAGCAGUAUAAGCCGGUGAAUUAUCUAAAUAGCUCGCUUUCGAUUUGGCAUAAAUUGCCGGUUGCUCGUCGACUGUCGGUGUUCAUUCUAUUAUUCUUUGGUUCAUUAGGUGAAUUAAGAGUUGUCUUAACUAAAAGAUCAACCAAGUUGAGAAAUUUCCCCGGUCAUAUCUCUUUGCCCGGUGGCAAGGCUGAUAAUGGAUUGGAGUCGGAAUGGCAGGUGGCCAGACGUGAAAUGUUUGAAGAAAUUGGUAUAAGUGAAUCAAAUCAAUACUUGAAAGAAAAUUAUGGGUUUGUCAUUGAUCAUAUAACUACUUUACCUUGCUAUCUUUCAAGAACUUUCUCAGCAGUCAAACCAUGUAUUGGGUUUAUGAAUUUUGAUAAUCCUGAAAUAUCAGAAGUUGAAUUGAUUCAUAAUUUGAAAUUAUCAGUAAACCCGGGGGAGAGCUCGUCGGUUUUCUCUUGUCCUUUGAAAGAUUUUCUUUAUCCUUUGAAAGAAGGCUUGGAGGAUGGGGUGGAUGCUGCUCCUUCUGCUUUGGAAGCUUUACUGAGAAGCUCCCAUCGGGUAAAAUGGGGUGGCAUCCCCUGGAUGUUGAGAUCUUAUGUUUUUUUACAACAUAAUGAAAAUGAAACCGGUUGGUUAAAGGAAAUGGCCAGCUUAUCCACUUCGGAAGAGGAGUCGGUGGAUGAGUCUGGUGAUACUGAAGAUGAAGCUGCUAAAAAAAGACAAUCUCCUCCUCCACCAAAACGCCAAAAGAAAGAUUUAUCGAAUUGGGGUAGACUCGGCUCAAGACGUCUUUCUGAUACCAAUGAGAAAGUCUAUGAUGUUUGGGGGCUAACCGCAAACAUCCUACAUGAUUUGGCUACAAUUGUUUAUUCUAAUCCCGACUCAAAUAAAGCCUUAGGUGAAGAAGAAUUAAUUCAUAGUAUUUGGGAUAAAGGUGGUCAAAUGAAAGAAAAAUCUAGAUCUGAUCUGGAAAUCGCUUUAAUUGAAUCCAAUUCAGUGAAAGAUUUUGGUUUUGGCGAUAUCCUACCAAGAACAGAAUUUAACAGGUUAAAAAAUCUUUAUAAAAUAUAA